AUGCCUAUUCUGGGUUUUUGGAGAUCGUCCAAAACAAAAGGAUGGAAGUUUCUUGUUGAUGAAGAAACAGGAGGUAGAUUACUUACUUUGGACACAAGCAAAACCUUUAACAACCUAAGAGUUAUGGUUUGUGAGGACUUUAGAACCGAUGUAAACUUGGUCAAUAUCGAGCUGAGUUACUUACCUUCCGAUUUGGUGAUUGGCCUCGACUCACCACCUGUUUUCAUCACCAAUGAUCGGCAACUCAAAAAAUUUCUUACAUAUGUGAAGACCAAAGCUUCAACGCGGUUAUGUGUGUGUAUUCGAUCUAAGGUCGGAUUUGACUUGAAAGAAGAGCAUGCUGAGUCGCCUAACAGAGAGGAAGUGGGUAUCUCGUGUGAAGUUUCAGAUGAUAUUGAUGGUGAAGCCGAGCUUGAAGAAGAAGAUGCGAAGAUAGAUGAAAGUGAUGAUGAAAACAAGUCUUGGGAGACACAUGAGUAUGCAAUAAAUGUUGUGAGAGGCAUUCUGGAGAAGGGUUAUGAAAAAGUUCUCAAAUACUUGUACAUGAUGAAGGAAGCUAAUCCAGGAUCACACACAUUUUAUGAAACUGAGAGCAAUGGGAGAUUCAGAUUCCUCUUCAUCUCACAUGGUCAGUCUAUUUGCGGUUUUUAUGCUGCCAUUCGAAAAAUUAUUGUUGUGGAUGGGACUUUUUUGAAGAGCAAAUACAAAGGAGUAUUAUUAGUUGCUACUGCUUUGGAUGGAAACUCGAACCUAUAUCCUAUUGCAUUUGGAGUUGUCGACUCAGAGAAUGACCGCUUGUGGGAAUGGUUUAUGAGACAACUUAAUGUUGUCAUUGCUGAUGAUCAGAGUUUAGCUUCUGUGUCUGACAGGAAUACUUCACUUUCUAAAGCUCUUGCAAAAGUGUAUCCGCAUUCUCAUCAUGGAAUUUGCAUUCACCACUUGCUGAACAAUGUUGUUACAUAUUUCAAAGGUAAAGGAGUCGCUGGUUUGGUUGCAAAGGCUUUUAAAGCUUCCCGAGUUGCUGAUUUUAAGAAGCAAUUCACUGUUAUUUUCUCAAUUAGUCCUGCAAUUGGAAACUAUCUAAUACAAGCUGAUGUGAAAAAGUGGGCUCGUUGUCAAUUUUCGGGUUACAAGUACGAUGUUAGGACCAAUAACCCUGCUGAAUCAAUAAAUUCUACUUUGCGUUUGCCAAGAGAGUUUCCAGUUAUACCUUUGUUGGAUAUCAUAAGGGAAAUGAUGACUCGAUGGUUUUUCAAACGUAGAACUUUAAGUUCUAAGCAUAAACAGCCACUGACCGUUGCUGUAGAGAAGAAGAUUGAUCGAAGGAUUGAGAAGGGUAAGAAGUUUCAGGUUUUCUGGUAA